AUGGAAGAUGAAUUGGAGUCUACUAGAGUCAACAAAGUUUGGGAACUAGUUGACCUUCCUGAAAGAAGGAAAGAAAUUGGGAGCAAAUGGGUUUUCCAAAUUAAGCUCAAGGCUGAUGGCACAGUUGAGAGAUAUAAGGCUCGACUGGUGGCGAAAGGGUAUACACAGCAGAAAGGAAUAGACUAUGAAGAGACAUUCUCGCCUGCCGUACGAUUUACCUAUGUUCGCCUAGUUCUAGCUAUUGUUGCAAGAUUGAAUCUUGAAUUACAUCAGAUGGAUGUAAAGCCUUUCUCAAUGGAGUAUUACAUGAAGAAAUUUAUAGGAACAACCUGA